GAUUAAAUUAAGCUAAUCCCAACUUUAAUCACUUUCAAGUUUCAUCAUUUUCCAUUAAACUAUCCCUCGAAACCAACCCCACCGGCGACACGCACAUCGAUAUGCUUCUCCAUUAAUUCUCCAUUAUCAUCAAACCCUACCCACCACCGCCGCCGCCCAAUCCACCAAUGAACCGCCGUUUCCCCCUCCUGUGCCUGCUGCUACUCUUCUCCUUUUCCGCCGCCGAGGAUGACGUCAGGUGCCUGCGCGAGGUGAGGAGCUCGUUGACCGAUCCCAGCGAUAAGCUCAACUCAUGGAACUUCGCCAACAGCUCCGUCGGUUUCAUCUGCCGAUUCGUCGGCGUCUCGUGCUGGAAUGACCGUGAGAACCGCCUAAUCAGCCUCGAGCUCCGCGAUUUCGCCCUCGCCGGAGCUAUUCCUGCUUCCCUGCAGUUUUGUGAGAGUCUCCAAACACUCGAUCUAUCUGGAAACUCCAUCUCCGGUCCGAUCCCCCCGGAAAUAUGCAGAUGGCUGCCGUAUCUCACCACUCUCGACCUCUCGCGAAAUGCUCUGACCGGUCAAAUCCCGGAGGAUCUCGCCAAUUGCUCCUAUUUGAACACUCUGAUUUUGGAUGACAACAAGCUAUCGGGGAGUAUUCCGUACAAAUUCUCGAAUCUGCAGAGAUUGAAGAAGUUCUCCGUGGCGAAUAACGAUCUCUCAGGGAGACUGCCGUCGUUUAAUUCCGGAUUGGAGCUCAAUUUCGGCGGUAAUAGCGGCCUCUGCGGCGGUCCGGCCGGGAAAUGCGGCGGCCUGAGUAAGAAGAGCUUGGCGAUUAUCAUUGCCGCGGGCGUUUUCGGCGCCGCUGCUUCUCUGCUACUAGGAUUCGGCCUGUGGUGGUGGUAUUUCACUGGAUCGGGGAAGAGGCGAAAGAGAGGCUACGGAAUCGGAGGAAGAGACGACGCCAGUGGCAGUAAUUGGUCUGAGAGAUUGAGAGCUCAUAAGCUCACACAGGUGAUGCUGUUCCAGAAGCCCUUGGUGAAGGUGAAGCUGGCGGAUUUGUUGACCUCAACGAACAAUUUCAGCGCGGAGAAUGUCGUCAUGUCGAGCAGGACCGGGACAACGUAUAAAGCCGUGUUGCCGGAUGGAUCAGCGCUGGCGAUCAAGCGGCUGAGCUCGUGUAAAAUUCCGGAGAAGCAAUUUAGGAUGGAGAUGAAUAGGCUGGGGCAAUUGAGGCACCCUAAUUUGGUGCCAUUGUUGGGAUUCUGCUUGGUGGAGGAGGAGAAGCUCUUGGUUUACAAGCAUUUAUCGAAUGGGACUCUUGGUUCCACCUUGGCCGGUAGCCCCAGCGCCUUGGAUUGGUCGACUAGGUUUAGGAUCGCAUUGGGGGCUGCAAGAGGGCUCGCUUGGCUUCACCAUGGUUGCCACCCUCCAAUCUUGCACCAAAAUAUUAGCUCCAAUGUGGUUCUCCUUGAUGAGGAUUUCGACCCUAGGAUCAUGGACUUCGGUCUGGCUAGGCUCAUGGUUCCUUCGGAGUCAAACGAGUCUAGCUUCGCCUAUGGGGAUUUGGGUGAGGUUGGAUAUGUUGCUCCAGAGUACUCAACCACACCGGUUGCUUCUCCGAAAGGAGACGUGUAUAGCUUUGGGGUAGUGCUUCUGGAGCUCACAACGGGUCUAAAGCCUCUUGAUGUUAGCGCUGCUGACGAGCUGUUUAAGGGCAAUCUGGUGGACUGGGUGAGCCACCUCUGUGGCGCAGGCCGGAUGAAAGACUGCAUCGACACACAGCUGCGUGGGAAGGGCAAUGACGAGGACAUUGUCAAGUUCUUGAAAAUUGCUUGUAGUUGCGUGGUGGCUCGGCCCAAAGACCGGUGGUCGAUGUACCAGGUUUAUGAAUCGCUCAAGGGGAUGGCCGAGGAGCGGGGCUUCUCAGAGCAGUACGAUGAGUUCCCGCUGUUGUUUGGGAAACAAGAGGCUGCGAGUCCAAUUUGAGAUGUGGAUUGAGUUGAGCAGGAAUGAUUGGACAGAGAUAUUUCUGUGGUAUGGUGGUGAGUUCUAAGAAAAGAAAACUGUGUGAUGGACUGCGACAUUUUCUGUAUAAUAGCUCGCUUGCAUGAAUAUGUAGUUGAGAAGCGCUGUGUUUGUUUGAGAUUUGUUGUAUGAAAAGCUAUUUCCUACUGUUCUAAACAUUGGUUUCAAGAGUUGAAUCGAAGCUCUUCCCGUCUAACUUGUUUCAUCAA